AUGGGGAGCCGCCAGACAGAGACCCAAUCGCUGAAAGUCGAAAGUGGGGAUCAGAUGGCUCAUCAACUGGAUACCAGUGCUUCAGUCAGUGGCAGUUACGCUGGUUUCUCAGCCAGCGCGUCUGCUCAGUACAGUUACAGCACAACCCUCAGCCAUAGUAAAUACUAUGCCCUCAUUGAUUCGGUUCAUACGUCGUUCAGCCUGGAGCUCAAGGGUCAUGAAUUCACUGACUCGAGAAUCAACUCGGAUCUGGUGGAGGACGCUAGAAAUUGCCUGAAUGAGAGGAAACUGAUGACAUUCAUCGUCAAUGAGGAUAUGAGCAAAUUUACCUCCAAGGAAAAUUUCCAGAGCUACGUCAGCGCAGAGUUCAGCUUCGUGGGCAGUGCCAAAGCCGAUGCAAGCGUCAGAUCCACGAACGAGUACGACAGUCAUCGCAAAUCUCGCAACUUCAGCACCAAAGUGAAUGGUGGAAGUUCCAGCACAGAUAUGAUACUGUCUUCCGAACCCAAUGAUUCAGAGAGAUAUGCAGCGGCAUAUAGAGAAUGGGCCAAGAGUCUUGACAAUACCCUUUCAAGCAAUGUGAUAGACGUCCGGCUCGACAGUGUCGGCAACUUGCUUCAGAAUAGCUCCGUGGAGGAGCAUCGCGCGGUUUCAGGCAAGCUCAUCAAAGCUCUGGAGUACUUGGCGUCUAUGCGAACCUGUGAAGGAUUCCUCAAGAUUGAUGCACGCCAAAAGCCAACCGAUCUUACCUUUGCCCGUGGACUACAGAAAAGUGGCGGCCCGGGCCGGGUUCAGCCGCUACAAGGUACUAUGCGCAAGGUAUCUGCAACCUCGUUGGAGGUUUACGUCAAAUAUCCUGAUGCCAUAGCCGAUCUCGAUUUGGAGACUCUCAAAAAGCUUACUUCCGGUCCCUUCGCAGGCCAACAGGCGAUUGAUAUAUAUGUUCCGAUCUCGAUACUUGCUCCGCCUACGCCUGUCAUCGUGAAGCUGUCAGUUCUUUCGGGGGUUGCCGCGACCACGAUAUUGGACCUAUCGCCAGGCGGCCCAACCUUGAUUAAUGGUGUGCUACCUCCAUUUCCGGCAUUCGAGGAAUACACAUUCCCCGCGACUUCGCUCUUCGUACCUAGCGUUCAUCUCGCACCUUUCAACACCGGCCCUGUUCCCAAUGCUGAAUUGGCUAAAUUGGCCAGUUUGGCUCAAACUGUCAUUCAGUGA